GGGGCUUGGAGGUCGGCACGCGCUGGCUUGAGCAGCAGGCAGACAACGGUUGUCUGAAGGAAGGAAGGCGAGCGUCGGAGAGGCGACGCUGUGCUGGUCUGGGACGUUGGUUGAACGACGGAAACUUCACUGCCAAGAUGUCCGACGACGAGCAGGAACAGACCAUCGCCGAGGACUUGGUCGUCACCAAGUAUAAGAUGGGUGGUGACAUCGCCAACCAGACUCUCCGUCUAGUGAUGGAGGCCGCAAAACCAGGCGUGUCUGUUAUCAGCCUGUGCGAGAAAGGUGACGCAUACAUCAUGGCUGAGACUGGAAAGGUCUUCAAGAAGGAGAAGGAAAUGAAGAAAGGUAUUGCCUUUCCCACGAGCAUCUCAGUCAAUAACUGUGUUUGCCACUUCUCCCCGCUGAAGAGCGACCCCGACUACACCCUUAAAGAUGGAGAUCUGGUCAAAAUAGAUCUUGGGGUUCACGUUGACGGCUUCAUUGCCAAUGUUGCUCACAGCUUUGUUGUGGGAGCCAGCAAGGAACAACCUGCCACAGGUCGGAAAGCUGAUGUCAUCAAAGCUGCUCACCUGUGUGCAGAAGCAGCUUUACGUCUGGUGAAGCCUGGUAACCAGAAUACUCAAGUGACAGAAGCCUGGAACAAGAUUGCGCAGUCUUUCAAAUGUACUCCUAUUGAAGGAAUGCUGUCUCAUCAAUUGAAGCAGCACAUCAUAGAUGGAGAGAAGACCAUCAUUCAAAACCCAACUGACCAGCAAAGGAAGGACCAUGAGAAGGCUGAAUUUGAAGUGCAUGAAGUUUAUGCUGUGGAUGUGUUAAUUAGCACAGGAGAAGGAAAGGCAAGAGACUCGGGUCUCAGGACCACAAUUUACAAGAGGGACCCUAGUAAACAAUACGGCUUAAAGAUGAAGACCUCUCGCACCUUCUUCAGUGAAGUGGAGCGGCGGUUCGAUGCCAUGCCCUUCACUCUGAGAGCGCUUGAGGAUGAGGCUAAAGCCCGCCUUGGAGUGGUGGAGUGUACCAAGCAUGAGUUGCUACAGCCCUUCAGCGUCCUUCAUGAGAAAGAAGGUGAAUUUGUUGCUCAGUUCAAAUUCACAGUGUUGUUGAUGGCAAACGGACCUCACAGAAUCACUAAUGGACCUUUUGACUCUGAAUUCUACAAAUCAGAGCAUGAAGUUCAGGACCCUGAGCUAAAGACUUUACUACAGAGCUCUGCCAGCCGCAAGACACAGAAGAAAAAGAAAAAGAAGGCUUCAAAGACAGCAGAAAAUGCAACUGUACAGCAAACGGAAGACACCGAAACUGUAGAUUAAAAACUGCCUUUUUAUAUUUUCAAAACCCCCGGAAAAGGAGCCAAAUGAAUAAAAAACAAUUUUUUUAUCAACUUUUGGCUGUUUGUAUUGGUAACUGAGCUAAUGUGACAAGUGAAACGGAUGAAUUCAUAAAGAUGUCCGGAUUCUGAAUUCCAACCAUCCUCCAUGGAUGAUUGAACCUUUACUGCCUGAACUGUUGGUGAUGCUUGACCGCUGCCUUUUCACCCAAGAAUUUUAAAACCUUUGCAUUGGAUUUUAAAAUGUCUGUUGCCAAGUGGAAAUGAUCAUUCCAGUUUUAAUUUUUUUAAUUGACAAAUUCUUUGACAGCUAUAAUACAAAUUCUGCUUUUUCCUCUUUUUAAAACAUUCUUUAAAAUGGAACUAGUUUCCCUGAGUAAUUACUGAAAUUUUGAUCAUUAUUUUAUCUUUCUGAGUACGUUGCGAUCGAUUUACUGAGAUGGUGAUUUUAAAAACUUUUUGAACAUUUAUUGGUUUUAUGCGGUAAGGGCUAUUGGUGAACAUGUGUGAGCCUCUUUCAGAAAUCCAGACAAGUAUGAGUUUCUUCAAAACAUUGCAAUUGGAAACAAAUAGGAAAUUGAUUUAGUGCUGGAAAUCUGUGAUUUCUAUUGCAACAAGUUUUGAUAACUUUUUCAGAUGUGACAUUUUAAAGCAGUAACUCUAAAAUUAUGUUUCCAACCAUCAGCAUAACUUAAGGGAAGAAGAUGCUACUCUUACUGCCAAUAGACUUGGAAUGAUAACGAUGAUAGUUUUUCAGUUCUGAAGAAAGUCCCCUCAGCAUAAUUUGUGAAGCAUGAAGACUUCUGUGAUUAUUUUCUGUCUGCAGAUGAGUUGAACCACUAAAAUGAUUUUCUAUGUUCAAAUAUUCCCCUGGAACAGGUUGUAAUUGCCCUGAAGUAUUCAUGGUGGGAAAGCUACAUCCUGCAGAAACCACUGGGCCAUAGAACUUUACAUCAAAUAAAGAACUUUUUUUCAAA